AUGUCAAAUCGGAACGAAGCCAUUGCAAAAGCCCAAUCAUACCUCUGGUUCCCCUGUGGCAUAAUCCGCGGCGGCCUGGCAAGCAUGGGCAUAAACGCUACUGUCCAAGCUGAGUCCUCGGACCUCCCCAGCGCGACUUUCCAGAUCAAGACGGUGCAGAUGGCGCAACCUUCGCCACAGCCACAGCAGCAAUUACAGCAGCCCAGAUCAUGA